AACAAAAUUAAGUGAUCAUCACUUCUCCUCCUUUAUCGAGAGCUUCAGUUUUAGAGCAACAAUGUCUCUAUUUCUGAAGCCCUUCCUCUUCCUAUACGACACCACUCUUAGUCUUCUCUUACUUCUGUUCAAUGGAUGGAGUCUUGAGGAUACAGCAGCAGCCCAAAAGAGGCGUGAAGCAGACAAAAAUGCUGCAGAAACUGAAUGGAUCCAACUCCAAUACUUGUGGACCAAAACAAGGAGUGUUGUACUACUUCCCGUUUUCAAGGGUUUGGUGGUUAUGUGUUUGGUUCUAUCCAUUAUAGUGUUCUUCGAGAGUUUUUACAUGAACUUUGUGAUACUCUUCGUCAAGUUAUUUAAACGUAAACCCCAUAAAGUGUACAAAUGGGAGGCCAUGCAAGAAGAUGUUGAGGUUGGACCCGAUAACUACCCAAUGGUUCUUAUCCAAAUACCAAUGUACAAUGAAAAAGAGGAAGGUGUGGACGUAGAGAUUGCAAAAUGGCAAAGCCAAGGCAUAAACAUAAGGUGUGAAAGGAGAGAUAACAGGAACGGCUACAAAGCCGGAGCUAUGAAAGAAGCUCUUACGCAGAGCUACGUCAAGCAAUGCGACUUCGUAGCAGUCUUCGAUGCUGAUUUCCAACCCGAGCCCGAUUAUCUCAUCCGCGCUGUCCCUUUCCUUGUCCACAACCCUGACGUUGCUCUAGUUCAAGCCCGAUGGAUAUUUGUUAACGCGAACAAAUGCUUGAUGACGAGGAUGCAAGAGAUGUCUCUCAACUAUCAUUUCAAAGUGGAACAAGAAUCAGGGUCGACUAGACAUGCUUUCUUCGGGUUUAAUGGAACCGCGGGUGUAUGGAGAAUAUCGGCAAUGGAAGCAGCAGGAGGAUGGAAAUCAAGGACCACAGUAGAGGACAUGGACUUGGCUGUUCGUGUUGGUCUUCAUGGCUGGAAAUUUGUCUACCUUAACGACCUCACGGUGAGAAACGAGCUUCCAAGCAAAUUUAAGGCCUACAGAUUCCAGCAACAUAGGUGGUCCUGUGGACCGGCGAAUCUAUUUAGAAAAAUGACGAUGGAGAUCAUUUUCAAUAAGAGAGUAUCAAUUUGGAAGAAGUUUUAUGUGAUCUACAGCUUUUUCUUCGUAAGGAAAGUGGCGGUACACUUCUUGACAUUCUUCUUCUACUGUAUAAUUGUGCCAACAAGUGUCUUCUUCCCUGAAAUCCACAUCCCAUCUUGGUCUACCAUUUACGUUCCCUCUUUGAUCAGUAUCUUCCACACCCUGGCAACUCCAAGAUCCUUCUACCUCGUGAUAUUUUGGGUCUUGUUCGAGAAUGUAAUGGCUAUGCAUCGAACCAAAGGUACGUGCAUUGGCCUACUUGAAGGAGGAAGAGUAAACGAAUGGGUUGUGACCGAAAAACUAGGAGAUGCUUUGAAGAGUAAGCUACUCUCUCGGGUAGUCCAAAGAAAAUCUUGUUAUCAAAGAGUGAAUUCCAAGGAAGUGAUGGUGGGGGUAUACAUAUUAGGAUGUGCACUCUAUGGCCUGAUCUAUGGGCACACAUGGUUACAUUUCUAUCUUUUUCUUCAGGCCACAGCCUUUUUCGUCUCCGGUUUUGGUUUUGUCGGAACCUAAGAACCUUCCCGGCCCAUUAUUUUUAGUCACCAAAUAAAUUCUCCAUGUUUUAGUUCUUAUUUACACUUUUAUUUAUUUUGACACCAUUGUACGGUUUGGACCCCAUAUCAUCAUGUUGUAUAAGUAUAACGAAUAAUGAUUUUUUGUUUGUUUGAAUGUAUGCGUCACUCGGUAAUUUCCCCAUUAUUAUUUAUCAUCCUUUAUUUGAAAAUCGAUAUA